AUGACGAAGCGCACCAAGAAGGUUGGCGUGACCGGUAAAUACGGCACUCGAUAUGGCGCAUCCCUCCGAAAACAAGUCAAGAAGAUGGAAAUCACCCAACACGCCCGAUACAUCUGCACCUUCUGCGGCAAAAACACCGUCAAGAGACACUCGGUCGGCAUCUGGAAAUGCAAGGGUUGCAAGAAGACGGUUGCCGGAGGAGCCUGGACAGUGUCGACUCCCGCGGCGGCUGCCGCAAGAUCAACUAUUCGACGACUGAGAGAAAUUGCGGAGGUAUAA